AUGGAAACAGGAGCUGAGGCAGAUGCCAGGACUAUCCUCGUUAUUUAUACCGGGGGGACCAUAGGAAUGUUGCUAGGCGAUCGCGGGUAUCAACCAGAACCCUUUUACCUCACGACUGCCCUCAAACAUCAAACACGAUUCAAUGAUCCAAUUGGAAAUUCUCUGUACUCUAACUCGGCGAGUAUCGCUGAGUGGCGAAUGCACAAAAGAGACUCAAACCCUGAGACACCAUCCGGUGCGAAGGGAAGCCCUUUGAACCCGCUUAUCACUGUACGCUCCACACGUCCUGUGUGCUACCCAGACCAUCCAUAUGCGUCCACGGAAACCAUCCCAGGGGUCUUUGAGACACCGUUGCCUUCUUUGGUAACCCCAGCUAGUUCAACUGACAAGCGCAUUCGGUACGUGAUUCUUGAAUGGCAACCCAUUCUUGAUAGCAGUGACAUGGGCCACCAUGACUGGAUCCGCUUGGCGACUGAAGUUGAGCUGAAUUACGCUUACUUCGAUGCAUUCCUAAUUUUGUCAGGGACCGACACGAUCUGUUAUACAUCCAGUGCUUUGUCAUUUUUGUUAGAGGAUCUGGGGAAGACAGUGAUAAUUACCGGAGCUCAGAUUCCUCUUUCCCAACUGCGGAAUGAUGCGGUGGAUAAUCUCUUGGGGUCAUUAUCGAUAGCUGAAUGUUGCCUCUAUUUCAACCAUAUCCUUUUCCGAGGAAACCGCGUCUCUAAAACAUCUUCUUCAGAUCUCGACGCUUUCUCAAGCCCUAAUUUUCCUACCCUUGUAGACGUUGGUACUAAUAUUGAGGUCAACUGGAGAAAUGUGUUAGUGCCCCGUGCCCUCAGCAGGUGCCCAGCGACCUUACGCUUGUUUCCUGGCAUAACGGCCGCUUCUGCGCGAUCAUUCCUCGCACCCCCGAUCAGGGGAGUCAUUCUUGAAAGUUUUGGAGCAGGAAACGCCCCUCAGCGCCAAGAUUUAUUGGAUGCCAUUAAGGAAGCCUGUGACUAUGGUGUCGUGAUUGUGACUAUAUCUCAGUGUACCAGAGGCAGCGUAAGCUCGGCUUAUGCAGCCGGGCGCUCGUUGUACGACUCAGGGGUGGUGGCUGGUGCAGAUAUGACGCCAGAGGCAGCCCUCAGCAAGCUCUCCUAUCUGCUGUCGAAGCGGGAACUCUCCACCGAUGAUGUUCGUAGACUCAUGAGUGUACCUCUACGCGGCGAACUGAGUCUUCCGGCUUCACCCAACGAUAUUAGAAGGCCCGAAGGUUCACAGGGGGUCAUGUCUCACAUCUACAGGCUAUCCAUCCCCAGUACACUGUCACGCGGAUCAGUUUUCCUCUCCACCGGACCACCGUUGUCAGGUGCAAAGGGCGUUGACACGGUCGCGGGCGAAUCUCAAAGUCUGUCCGAUGUUUCUAUAUCCGAAAUCUUGGUAAUGCCCUACCUAAUACACCUGGCAGCAUCUAAAAAUGAUGCGGAAGCUGUACGUUACUGCCUUGAUGCCUUUGAAGUCGCAGUGCAGAAUGCGAACCAACCCACGAGCGAGGCGGUUCCAAAUGCACACUCCUUCAUGGUUGCAGUUGGAGGAGGAAUUGUUAACGCGUUGGAUCCCUGUGGACGUGCACCUCUACACACUGCGGCAUUGCACGGGAGUCAGGAAUGUACAGAGAUCCUGCUCAGGGGAGGCGCAUCAGUCCACUUACGUGAUUCUCUCGACCAUACACCUCUCUAUUACGCCAAGCGCCAGCAUGCUGAUGGGGUUGUCCUGCUUCUCGAGAGUGCCGGGGCCUUCUUGGCAGGUUCAGACCUCACUCAUAGAGAAAAUUAG